AGGCGGGCUUCAGUCAAAAUGCCAGACGAUUAUUAUGAUAUAUGUGUUGUUGGAGCAGGUUUGUCCGGCGCAGUUAUAGCGGAAAGAUAUGCUGCAACAACAGAGAAAACCGUUUUAGUUGUAGAGAAGCGUGAACACAUCGGUGGAAACUGUUACGAUUUCAUUGAUAAUGAAACACGUAUUCGUGUUUCAAAAUACGGUGCACACCUUUUUCACACAAAAUAUGAAUAUGUCUGGGAUUAUGUGCAACAAUUUAGCGAAUGGGUUUCAUACACACAUAAAGUUCUAGCUGUUGUUAGAGGAAAACACAUUCCUAUCCCAGUCAACAUCAACACAGUUAACAUCUUAUUUGGUCUGAAUAUUACAUCUAUCGAGCAAAUGGAUGCUUGGCUUAAACAAGAACAAAUUCACUAUAAUCAUAAUCUGACGAAUUCGGAGGAAGUAGCAUUAUCACGUGUUGGGAAGAAACUCUACGAAGUAUUGUUCAAACCGUAUACAAUUAAACAGUGGAAUAAAACGCCUGCUGAGCUAGGACCGACGGUUUUGGCUCGUAUUCCGGUGCGGAAUAAUUGGGAUAAUCGAUAUUUCUCAGACAAGUACCAGGCUUUGCCAAAGAGAGGUUAUACAAAUUUGAUAGAUAACAUGUUCAAGUCAUCCCAGAUAACCAUACGUUUGAACACCGAUUAUUUUGAUAUUCGCAAAAGAAUAAAAUGUGGUAAAACAUAUUUCUCCGGUCCGGUGGAUAGAUAUUACGCUGAAAAGGGACUACCGGCAUUAGAAUACAGGUCUUUGUCAUUUGAACGAAAGGUAUUUAAGAAUAUGAAUCAUUUUCAGCCAGGCAGUGUUGUUAACCAUCCAAAUCUGAUUGAAAACUUUACACGAAUUGUUGAGUAUAAAUGGCUACCUAAUCAACAAUUUGAAUCUAAUGACACAAUUGUAUUCUAUGAGAGAUCGACAGCCGACGGAGAACCAUAUUAUCCCGUGCCUAAUGCGCGAAACCAAAAUUUAUACAAACGUUAUAAGAAUUUCGCAAACUCGGAUCCUGAUAUUUAUUUUGUUGGACGCUUGGCAAAUUAUAAAUAUUUUAAUAUGGAUGAAGCAAUUAUGAAUGCUCUUCUACUUUUUAAUCAAACAGUUAAUAACAAUUAUAAAGUUACUUGAAAAAACAAUAUACUGGAAAUAAAAUUAUUGACAUUUAUGCAAGGUGUUUUAAUAUUCUUAAAAGAAAUAAAGGAUU